AUGAGCGUGUGGAACUACGUCGUUACGGCUCACAAACCCACCUGCGUCAGUCACUCUUGCGUCGGAAACUUCACCAGUCCCCAGGAGCUCAAUCUCAUAAUUGCGAAAUGCACUCGAAUCGAGAUCCAUUUGCUUACUCCACAGGGACUUCAGACUAUUCUGGAUGUUCCUCUAUAUGGGAGAAUUGCAACUUUGGAAUUGUUCCGUCCCCAUGGUGAAACGCAAGAUCUUUUGUUCAUUGCAACUGAGAAAUAUAAAUUCUGUGUUCUUCAAUGGGAUUCUGAGUCUUCUGAGCUUAUUACAAGGGCAAUGGGGGAUGUUUCUGAUUCUAUAUGCCGACCAACAGACAAUGGUCAGAUUGGUAUAAUUGAUCCUGAUUGCAGAUUGAUUGGUCUCCAUUUGUAUGACGGCUUGUUCAAGGUUAUUCCAUUUGACAAUAAAGGACAGCUCAAGGAAGCAUUCAACUUAAGGCUGGAGGAGUUGCAGGUCCUAGAUAUCAAGUUUCUGUAUGGAUGCACGAAGCCAACUAUCGCAGUACUUUAUCAGGACAACAAAGAUGCUCGGCAUCUCAAAACGUAUGAAAUUUCCCUAAAGGAUAAGCAGGACGUUGUUGAAGGACCAUGGUCACAGAACAAUCUUGACUAUGGUGCUGACUUAUUGAUCCCUGUGCCUUCACCUCUGUGUGGCGUUCUUAUCAUUGGAGAAGAAACAAUUGUCUAUUGUAGUGCCAAUGCAUUCAAAGCAAUACCAAUAAGACCUUCUAUCACAAAAGCAUAUGGGAGAGUUGAUGUUGAUGGCUCUCGGUAUCUACUUGGUGACCAUGCGGGACUGAUGCACCUCCUUGUUAUAACCCACGAGAAAGAAAAGGUCACCGGCCUCAAAAUGGAGCUUCUGGGUGAAACCUCUAUUGCAUCUACCAUCUCCUAUCUUGACAAUGCUGUCGUCUAUGUUGGCUCAAGCUAUGGAGAUUCACAGCUUAUAAAGUUAAACAUGCAGCCGGAUGCAAAAGGUUCAUAUGUAGAAAUUUUAGAGAAGUAUGUCAACUUGGGGCCUAUUGUCGACUUUUGUGUAGUCGACCUUGAGAGACAGGGGCAAGGUCAGGUUGUAACUUGCUCUGGAGCACAUAAAGAUGGUUCUCUUCGCAUAGUUCGCAAUGGGAUAGGAAUAAAUGAACAGGCGUCUGUGGAACUUCAAGGUAUCAAAGGAAUGUGGUCGUUGAAAUCUUCAGUUGAUGAAGCCUUUGAUACAUUCCUUGUAGUUAGUUUUAUCAGUGAAACUCGUAUAUUAGCCAUGAAUAUAGAGGAUGAACUGGAAGAAACAGAGAUUGAGGGUUUCUUGUCACAAGUGCAGACUUUAUUUUGCCAUGAUGCUGUCCACAACCAACUUGUUCAGGUUACUUCAAAUUCUGUUAGAUUAGUCAGUUCUACAACUAGAGAGUUGCGGAAUAAAUGGGAAGCCCCAGCUGGAUUCACUGUUAAUGUUGCAACUGCAAAUGCUAGCCAGGUUCUUUUGGCGACUGGAGGUGGGCAUUUGGUCUAUCUGGAAAUUGGAGAUGGGACACUGACUGAAGUCAAGCACGAACUGUUGGAGUACGAGGUCUCUUGUCUUGAUAUAAACCCCAUUGGCGAUAAUCCUAAUUACAGUCAGUUAGCUGCAGUGGGGAUGUGGACAGAUUUAAGUGUGAGGAUCUUUGUGCUGCCGGAAUUGAAACUAAUAACUAAGGAGCAUCUAGGAGGAGAGAUAAUUCCCAGAUCUGUUCUUCUUUGUGCAUUCGAAGGGAUAUCUUACUUGCUUUGUGCUCUUGGAGAUGGUCAUCUCUUAAACUUCCAGCUGGAUACGAGUAGUGGGGAACUAAGAGACCGGAAAAAAGUAUCACUGGGGACUCAGCCUACAACGCUGCGUACAUUUUCAUCUAAAAGUGCAACGCAUGUCUUUGCCGCAUCAGAUAGACCGGCUGUUAUAUACAGCAAGAACAAGAAGCUGAUAUACAGCAACGUGAAUUUGAAAGAAGUUAGUCAUAUGUGUCCUUUCAACUCUGCUGCUUUUCCAGACAGCCUAGCAAUUGCCAGAGAAGGCGAGCUUACUAUUGGCACCAUCGAUGAAAUUCAGAAGCUUCACAUACGCACUAUUCCUGUUGGGGAGCACGUUCGUCGUAUUUGCCAUCAGGAACAAACAGGAACAUUUGCUAUCUGCAGUUUGAGAAACCAACCGAGUGCAGAAGAAUCUGAAAUGCAUUUUGUCCAUCUGUUGGAUGACAAAAAUUUUAGCUUCUUGUCGACGUACCCUUUGGAUGCCUUUGAAUACGGUUGCUCCAUAAUGAGCUGCUCGUUUACAGAUGACAAAAAUGUAUACUACUGUGUCGGUACAUCAUAUGUUUUGCCUGAGGAAAGUGAACCAACUAAGGGAAGGAUACUUGUGUUUUUAGUCGAGGAAGGAAGAUUGCAGCUGAUCACAGAGAAGGAGACAAAGGGAUCUGUUUAUUCACUUAAUGCCUUCAAUGGCAAACUUCUUGCUGCUAUUAAUCAGAAAAUUCAGUUGUAUAAGUGGAUGUUGCGAGAUGAUGGCACUCGUGAGUUCCAGUCUGAAUGUGGUCAUCAUGGCCACAUUCUAGCUCUCUAUGUGCAGACCCGUGGAGACUUCAUUAUUGUUGGUGACCUCAUGAAAUCAAUCUCCUUACUGAUCUACAAGCACGAGGAAGGUGAGAUCGUGGAGAGAGCUCGGGAUUACGACGCAAAAUGGAUGACAGCAGUUGAGAUACUUGACGAUGACACAUACCUCGGCGCUGACAAUUGCUUCAACUUAUUCACAGUAAAGAAGAACUGCGAAUCCACCGCAGAUGAAGAACGGUCUCCUAUGGAGGUGGUUGGUGAGUAUCACGUCGGAGAAUUUGUGAACCGGUUCCGCCACGGCUCUCUUGUUAUGAGGCUGCCUGACUCAGAGACUGGUCAGAUACCGACUGUCAUAUUUGGUACCGUCGAUGGUGUGAUCGGAGUGAUAGCUUCACUGCCUCAACAACAGUACGCGUUUCUGGAGAAACUACAGACGAGCCUGAGGAAAGUGAUUAAAGGAGUUGGUGGGUUGAGCCACGAGCAAUGGAGAUCGUUCAACCACGAUAGAAGAAGUGCGGAAGCGAAGGGUUUCUUGGAUGGAGAUCUGAUUGAAUCGUUCUUGGAUCUUAGCAGGAGUAAGAUGGAAGAGAUCUCUAAAGCCAUGGAUGUUCAAGUUGAAGAGUUGUGCAAGAGAGUUGAGGAACUCACUAGGCUUCACUGA